CUACUUUAUCACAGCAUGCAGGCUUUUUUGUACUACUUCACCAGUCUUCUGCUGGCAACAGGUGUCUUGUGCAUCUAUAAUCCUUAUAGGUUGCCUAACGUUAUCAGACCAAAACACUACGAUUUGCGCAUUUUGACCCAUCUGAAUGGACGCGAUCAGCUGCAUUUCGAGGGUCGGGUCAAGAUUGACUUUCAAGUUCAACAACCAACAAAUAAUAUUACGCUACAUGCCAAGAAUUUGACUAUAGACGAUAGCCAGAUUACUUUAUCAGCGCAUAAUGGUCUUAAGACGAAUAUAAUUAAAACUGAGCUGAAUAAGGAGAAGGAGUUCUACAUAAUGCAUGUGGCUGGGGAACUGCCAGAGUCGGAGCAAUACGAGUUGAUGAUUCCUUUCAAGGCUCAAUUAAGUGAAAAUGAUACUGGCUACUACUGGAGCUCUUACAAUGAUUCAUUCACAGAGAAAACACAUUAUUUGGCAGCAACACAAUUCUCACCGACUUUUGGCCGAACUGCGUUUCCCUGCUUCGAUGAGCCGCAUUUGAGGGCCACAUUUAGGGUCACAUUGGGCUAUCACAGAAACUACACGGGUUUGAGCAAUACACCAGUGAGGAACUGUGAAGCACAUGAAACCCUGGAGAACUACAUUUGGUGCGAGCAUGAGCCAUUGUUGCCAACCUCCACAUAUCUUGUGGCAUAUUCAGUGCACAAUUUAAGUAGUGUUCCCAGUCCACCAAGUGAUACCAUUCACAAUGUCCGCUUUCGCAGCUGGAUGCAGCCCAAAGUUGUUGGGGAAAGCGAAUUCUGUGUGAAUUUUGCACCGAAAACACUGAGUUAUUUGGAGCAACUAUUCGAGUAUCCGUUUCCAUUGAGCAAAGUGGAUCAGCUGGCGAUGCCAACGCACAAAUUUAGUGCCAUGGAGAACUGGGGUCUGACCACCUUCAAACAGAGUCACUUUGUGCACAACGACACCGAGGAGUUGCAGCAGGCGAAGGAGUCAAAGGCCCAAACUGUGGCACAUGAAUAUGCCCAUCAAUGGUUUGGCAAUUUGGUUGCCCUUAAUUGGUGGAAUGAUCUCUGGCUAAAGGAAGGACCGUCCACAUACUUUGCGUACCUGACACUGGAUGCUCUGAUGCCCGAUUGGGGCAGCAGCCAGCGCUUAAUAGGCAAUGAUUUGGCCAAAUUCUUUCAGGAUGACAUGAUCAACAAUUCAAUUGCCAUUUCACGUCAGGUGCAGGAUUCGAAGAGUGUUCUCGAACAGUUUUCGCCAUAUGUGUAUAAGAAGGGUUCCCUAACGAUGCGAAUGUUGCAUUUGCUUCUAGGCGAUGAGGUCUUUUUCCUGGCCAUACGAAACUAUUUGAAGCGCCAUGCUUAUGGCAGUGUUACUCAGUCGGAACUCUUUGGGGAUAUGCAGCAGGCAGCGGAUUUAAAAGAUGCACUCAGUCCGGAUAUACAACUGUCCACUGUGAUGGACUCCUGGACUCUACAAGGAGGAUAUCCGCUAGUGCAUGUUGUUAGAGACUAUGAAAGAGGCAGUGUGCAGUUAAAUCAAUCGUUAUUUCUGCUAACAAAUAAAUCAAAAGAACAAAGUGAAUCCUGCUGGUGGAUUCCACUCACUUUUGUUAUACAACAAAAUGCGAACUUUAACGAAACGCAGCCACAAUUUUGGUUGAAAUGUCCCAGAGCCCAGCAAACACAACAAUUACUCAAGAAACCCAAAUCAGAUGAGUGGAUUAUGCUAAAUCCGCAAGUGAAUAGCAUUUAUCGUGUCAACUACGAUGAACGCAACUGGCAGCUGAUAAUUCAAACACUUAACUCAAGUGAACACUCAAAUGAUAUUCAUGUGUUAAAUCGGGCACAACUAAUGGAUGAUCUAAUGGCACUGGCCUGGACAAAUCAGCAGAGCUACGACCUGGCACUAAGUAUGCUAGAGUAUCUGCCCAGGGAGCAAGAACUUUUACCCUGGAAUACAAUUCUGAAUUUGCUCAAUAAUCAUGGUGAACUGCUGCGUGGCGACCAGUCAAGCAUAUUUAGAGCCUUUAUGCAGAAACUUGUUAGCCCACUGUAUGCACGCUGCCCCAAAGUGAACUCUGUGGCAGCGCGAACCAAGUCAAGUCCACUGAUAGCCCUCUAUCGUUUGGCUUAUAGUCAAGCCUGUCGCUAUCAACUGGAUGACUGCAUCGACCAGGCUCUGAGUUUAGGCCAAUUCACUGAGCAAAUCGAAGAAGUGCCCAUUAAUUUUAGGGAUAUUAUGUCUUGUGCAAGCAUCGAGCAUGGCAUUCAAGAGCAGUUCCAAUCGAUGUUGCAACGUUUCAAGAACUCCACGAUUGAAUCCAGAAAAACCGCUUGGGCUAAAGAACUCGGCUGUAGUCGGAAUUUUAGUCAGCUACAAGAGUUUCUGGACUAUCUACUGCAGUCCACAGACAAGACCACGAAAACUUAUUAUAUUGUAGUCGUUAAUUCGGCAUUGCAACGUCAAAAUGUUGCACUGCAGACCGCUGAUCAUGUUCUACAACAUGCCAAAAUACUCAAUGACAAGUUCAGCUCGAGGGAAAUCAAGAGUCUGCUCUUAACCAUAAUUGGUAAUUCACACAGCCAACUCGAUGAAUUGAAAUUGAGGCAGCAACUAAAAGGACUCGACAAAUUUGAGAAGCAUCUGGGAGCAGCACUCCAUAUACGUAAUAUUAAUUUGAAUUGGUUAGCGCAACGUUCCGUAAACUUUAUCGCAGCCUUAAGUAAAUAUAUUUAAAGCAAAGAGGUGUUCCAGCUAAUUGAUAAUACGGAGCUAAAGUUUUGAUGCUCGCUGUGGCAAAACCACAGUCGAGCAAGCCAAGCAAAACUUUUGUCUUCAAGUCAAAUACAAGUGCGCUGACAACAGAA